ACUGGACAGUGCGUGAAACAUGUGUAUAUAUGAAUAAUACGUCGCAGUUCUCUGAAGGCAUAGUGUCCGCUGUGAAUUACGUCUCUCACUACUUUUAUGGUAUAUAUAUAUAUAUAUCACUGAAGCGUGAGAAAGGUCUGCCUUUUAUUGCAAAAUUUAUGUUUUAUGUCUUCACCAAGGUUUUUUGUACUAAAUUAUUGCAACGGUGCUAGGAAGACUGUUAUUUUAUUCUUUCUUAUGUGUAGAUUUUUAAAUGAUCAAUUGUUAGUUUUAUUCUACUGCAUUCGAAUAGAUUCUGCAAGCUGGAAGGAAAAUCACUUGGAAUGAUCUUUGAGAAAAACAGCACACGCACUAAAGUAUCAACAGAAAUUGGAACGCACUUGUUAGGAGGACAUUCUUGCGUUAUAACGUUAUGAAGACGUUCAGGGCAGCAAUAAAGCACGUGUUGCAUCUACAAAUCAUGCUCAGAUAUGUCGACAGCAGGACGAUGAAAGGAAGAAGUUUGCUUUCACUAGCAGACUAUACUAGAGAAGAUCUUCUUCAUUUAUUGAGCAGUGCUGCUGACCUAAAGUUAAGGAUGAAGCAACUGAACGAAAGAUUCCGCAAGCUGGAAGGAAAAUCACUUGGAAUGAUCUUUGAGAAAACCAGCACGCGCACUAAAAUAUCAACAGAAAUUGGAAUGAAUUUGUUAGGAGGACAUUCUUGCGUCAUACCAUAUGAAGACGUUCAGAGCAACGCUAAUGGAGGGUCGGUAAUUAAUUAG